AUGUCCCAGGUGCAGUUUUGGCUGAAGUACGCUUCGCUCUUCAAGGCCUUGCCUCCCCACUUGGAAAGCCUGGAAGGCUUACAGGGAAUAGAAAACCACAUCACUGCCACUCAGGACAUCCCUCGUCUUUCAAGCAUCCAGUCCCAAACUCAGGUAGAAGAGGAAGAGGAGGGCGAGGAUGAUGAAACAGAGGAACUGGGUCACACAGAAACGUACGCCGAUUAUAUCCCUUCUAAAUCGAAAAUUGGGAAGCACCACCCUGACCGAGUGGUAGAAACCAGCACGCUUUCCAGCGUCCCUCCUCCAGAUAUCACCUACGUCCUCUCUCUCCCCGAAUCGAUUGCCGAAAACGGGUUGCUCUCUGCUCUGCAGCUGGAAGCCAUAAUUUACGCCUGCCAGGAACACGAAAACUUGCUUCCGAAUGGUCAGAGAGCCGGAUUCCUGAUAGGAGACGGUGCAGGCGUCGGGAAAGGCCGAACCAUUGCAGGGAUCAUCUACGAAAAUUACCUGAAGGGGAGGAAGAAGGCUCUGUGGUUCAGCGUCUCAAAUGACCUGAAAUACGAUGCCGAGAGGGACCUGAAGGAUAUCAAUGCGCCGAACCUCCCUGUCCACGCUUUAAACAAGAUUAAAUAUGGUGACACGGCUACCUCGGAGGGGAUUUUAUUCGCCACUUAUUCCGCCUUGAUCGGAGAAAGCCAAGCGGGCGGCCAGCAUAGGACCAGGUUGAACCAGAUCCUGGAUUGGUGCAAGGACGAUUUUGAUGGUGUUAUCGUGUUCGACGAAUGCCACAAAGCCAAAAAUGCCAGCUCUACCAAGAUGGGCAAAGCAGUAUUGGACCUGCAGAAAAACCUGCCUCAAGCGAGGGUCGUCUACGCCAGUGCCACAGGUGCCUCUGAGCCAAAGAAUAUGAUUUACAUGAGUCGGCUGGGGAUCUGGGGAGAAGGCACCCCCUUUCGCUCCUUUGAGGACUUCCUCCAUGCCAUUGAAAAGAGAGGUGUUGGGGCUAUGGAAAUCGUUGCCAUGGAUAUGAAAGUGAAUGGGAUGUACAUCGCUCGACAGCUCAGCUUUUCUGGAGUCACGUUCCGGAUAGAAGAAAUCCCACUGGACGCGGCAUAUAAGGACGUGUACAACAAGGCAGCGAAGCUGUGGGCAAAAGCCCUGGUGGUUUUCCAAAAGGCUGCCGACCUCAUUGGCCUGGAGUCCCGGAAGUCUCUGUGGGGUCAGUUCUGGGGAGCUCACCAGCGCUUCUUCAAGUACCUCUGCAUUGCGGCCAAAGUCCGGCGUCUGGUGGAGCUGGCCCAGGAGGAGCUGAGCAAGGGCAAGUGCGUGGUGAUCGGGUUGCAGUCGACGGGAGAAGCGCGCACCCGGGAAGUUCUGGAUGAGAACGAGGGGCACCUGAACUGCUUCGUGUCGGCAGCCGAAGGCGUCUUCCUUUCACUAAUUCGGAAGCACUUUCCUUCAACCAAACGAAAAAGAGAAAGAGGAAGUAUCAUUAAAAGAAAACUGAAGCAGAGAGUCCGAGGCCUUAACAAAGUGAUGAAAACCACCCAGGACCACUACAGCAGUAGCAACGACAUCAUCAAGAUCAGCUCGGAGAGCAGCACCGAUUCUGAGCCGGGUAUGGAGAGCGAUUUCAAUUCCUCUCCGGAGUCCCUCGUGGAAAUGGAGGACUUGGCCAGCAGAUACAAACCCUUCAAUGGCGCCAUGUGUAACGAUCCAAUUGGUCUAUAUUGGCUGAGCCCCCAAAAGGAGAUGAAUGGAUCAGGGACUCCAGAAUGCGUGGAGAACAUGAAGCAGGAACUGCUGUCUCAAGUGAAGGACUUGGGCAAAGAGCUGCCUCUUAACACUCUGGACGAGCUGAUCGACUACUUUGGAGGCCCGGAAAAAGUAGCAGAGAUGACCGGUCGGAAGGGACGUGUCGUGCGGAGGCCCGGGGGCUCCGUGGUGUUUGAAUCGCGAGCUGAGCAAGGCCUUUCGAUCGACCACGUGAACCUCAAGGAAAAGGAGCGUUUCAUGAACGGAGACAAACUUGUAGCAAUAAUCUCAGAGGCCUCCAGCUCAGGGAUUUCUCUCCAAGCAGACAGACGGGUAAAGAAUCAGAAACGGCGGGUCCAUAUGACGCUGGAAUUGCCCUGGAGCGCUGACCGAGCCAUACAGCAGUUUGGCCGCACCCACCGUUCCAACCAGGUGUCUGCUCCAGAGUACAUUUUCCUCAUCUCCGAACUGGCUGGCGAGCGGCGGUUUGCGUCUAUUGUGGCAAAACGCCUAGAAAGCCUUGGUGCCUUAACUCACGGUGACCGAAGAGCGACUGAAUCCCGGGACCUCAGCAAAUACAACUUCGAGAAUAAGUAUGGCAUCAGAGCCCUCGAUAAAGUCCUACGAACCAUCUUCCAGCAGACUGAGAGCAAAGUCCCCGUGCCAAAGAUCUAUCAGGAAGGAGAUGCGGCUUUUUUCAGCGAAAUGAAGCAGUCCCUCCUCUCCGUGGGAAUCUCUUGCAAGGAGAUGCGAUACGGCUUCAUGACCAUGGAGAAAGAAGUCGUGGACGAGGGCCACCUCCCAGUCAUCGUCGUCAGUAUGAUGGAUACCAGCCAUUCCGAUUCCUAA